UCCCUUUCCUGUUUGUCCAGUAUAAACACACCUCUGUUCCACCUUCCUGCACUCUGCAGUCUCUCAGCAUGCAGUCCCUAUUGAGAUAUUUGGACCUGGGUUCUGCAGGACUGGCCCUGUUGCUCGGCCUGGUUUUUCUGGUCCUUCUCGAGAUCUUCAGGUUAAGUUCAUCGAAGAGCCGAUGUCCUCCUGGUCCCACACCUCUACCCUUCAUAGGGAACAUGCUGCAGUUCAUGAAGGACCCGUUGACCACUACACGAUCGAUGGUGCAGUAUGGGGACUUGUGCUCCAUCUACAUUGGCAGGAGGCCGUUGAUCGUGCUGAAUAACCUCGAGUUGGUGAAGGAGGCCCUGGUUCAGAACGGUACCGUGUUCUCCGGGAGGCCCUACAUGCCUUUAAUACAGUGGAUCACCAACGGCUACGGUAUCCUCGCCGUCACGUACGGACAUGCGUGGAAGCAGCAGCGGCGUUUUGCUCUCCACACGCUACGUAACUUCGGUUUGGGGAAGAAAACGGUGGAGGAGCGAGUGGCCGAGGAAGCGCAGUGUCUCGUAACUGAGUUGCUGAAACAUGAAGGAGAACCCGUAAACCCCAUGCACCCCGUAAUGAACGCCAUCUCCAACAUCAUCUGCACCAUCGUCUUCGGAGAUCGCUUCGACUACGACAACAAGCGCUUCGCUAAGCUCCUGGAGAUCCUUAAUGAAAACAUCCAGCUCGCCGGCUCUUCUGUGGGACUGAUCUUCAACUUGCUCCCUUUUAUAAAACACCUGCCUGGUCCUCACCAGCAGGUCCGGAGGAACGGCACUGCUUUAAUAGUGUUCAUUCGUGAGGUGAUGGAGGAGCACAGGGAGACCCUGGACACGGAGAACCUGCGCGACUUCAUCGACGCGUACCUGGUGGAAAUAAAAAAGCAAGAGCUGAAGGAAGAUUCCACGUUUCAUGAGGAGAACCUGCUGAUGUCCACAUCUGAUCUUUUCCUCGCGGGGACUGAGACCACAGCCACCACUCUCCGGUGGGGUCUGAUCUUCUUGAUGAACCAUCCUGAAAUACAAGAACGAUGUCACGAGGAGAUCGUCCGUGUGCUCGGGUUGGACCGAGCUCCCAGCAUGGACGACCGCACCAGACUCCCAUACACACACGCCACCGUACACGAGAUCCAGCGCCUGGGGAACAUCGCUCCACUCGGAGUCCUUCACCAAACCAUAGAGACCACGAAGCUGCGAGGAUACACCAUCCCCAAGGGGACGGAGAUUUCAGCCAAUUUAAUGGCGUUAUUGAUGGAUAAGGAGCACUGGAAACACCCGCUCACCUUUAACCCCGAGAACUUCCUAGAUGAGAACGGCCAGUUCUGCAAAAACGACUUCUUCCUGCCUUUUUCUCUGGGUCCGAGGGUGUGUCUGGGUGAAUCUCUCGCAAGGACCGAGCUCUUCAUCUUCCUCACGUCCCUCAUGCAGAAGCUGCAGUUCUCCUGGCCACUGGAUGCCCCAGCUGUAGAUAUGGAUGGCACGAUGGGCGUGGUCAGGAUGCCCCAGCAGUUCCAUAUGGUUUGCUGUAGCAGAGCGAGCACCUCCUAGAGUCGAGGGUUUUCUUCUCGCGUUGUCUCAGGGACUCGUGAUCAUUUUUUUAUAGAAAUAACACUUAAUGACAUGAAAUUGUUCAUAAGAUAAAUGUUGAGAUUUUAUUUUUAAAGCCUGGUUGGUGUUCCACAGCGUUCCUGAACAGACACGAUCACAUCAUCAGAUUUACUGAUCUGAUAUUCUGCAUUAAUAUUUAAAUUCAUAUUUAAAUACACUAAUAAAUAAACAUACAAUUUUAACCAUG